AUGGAAGAUGCUCCUAAGAAGAAGUUUAUGGCCAUGAAGAAAGCCACUCUGCAUAAGAAAUCACCAACAAAGAAACCUACGGCAACUGAAUCGCAAUCUCAAGGGGAAGAGCCUGCUCACAUAACUCCUAUUCCAUCCCCUAUUCCAAGUGAGGCACAAUCGAUAAGUGAAGACUCCAUGCACACAACCUCUGACUCAAAUCCAUCCUCUCCUGAAGGCUCCUCAUUUUCGGUGUCCCACAACGCCUCUGACAAAGUUCCAAUCACAUCUCUGAGAACUCAAAAGAAGCCUCCAACAAAAGCUACUCCUUCAAGGACUCCAGCUCCGGUUGAGAAAGGCAAGAAAAAGGCAAAAUCAGUCAUGUCAGCCUCCUCUUCUGGUAAAAUCUCUUCCUUUAUUUCCUUUGAGGCCAAAAAUCGAUUUAAAGACCACAUUGUCAAGAGGACAAUUGUGUGUGAGGCCAAUGUUGAAAUUGAUUAUUUCCCUGAGUUUUCCAAAAUGAUUAAGAAACGAAAAUGGAUCAAGUCAGUGACUAAGCUAGAUGUAUCUCUUCAAACUCUUGUUCAAGAGUUUUAUGCCAAUUUUGGCAUUGACAAUGCUAAACCCGAUUUUGAUGGGCAUGAUAACAAGGUGUAUGUUAGGGGUAAAUGGGUUCAUUUUAGUGUUGAUGUGAUUAGAGAUGUUCCAAGUUUGCCUGUUGUUGAAAAUCCUUUUAAGUUGUCUGAAUUGAAAUUGGAUGAUGUUGCAAAAGUGUUGAUUGGUGGGUCAGUUGCCAAGUGGCCUAAGAAUGGAUUUCUUCAGCCUAGUGUGCUUACACCUCUCUAUCGUUUGCUGUUUACAAUCUCUCUAACCAAUUGGUCCCCAUCAAUGCAUAAUUCCAUGGUUAGGGCAGAUAGAGCACAACUCUUCUAUAGGAUUGGGGUAGGCAAGAAGAUUGAUUUGGGAACCCUCAUUUACACAAACAUUAGAGUUGUUGUGGAAACCACCCAUGCCAUUCAAGUUUGA